AUGCAGGUCGCAAAGGAAAAAUUUAGCAAUCUGGCCUGGUUGGCCAAAGAGCACAUAAAUAUCUACAAAGCCAAAUUAAAAGAGAAGUUGGAGAGGGCAAAAGCAAGGACUAAGGAAGAGAAGAAGAUAGCAAAAGAGCGUCGGAAAGUGAAGGAGGCGAGUGCAAAGAUGAAGCUGCAUAAAGCUAAAGCCAGGCACGCAGAGAAGAAAUUAGGUGCCAAACUAUCUCAUGGGAGCUAUCCCCAUCCACCACCGGCGACACAUAAAUACGAUCGCAGCUUCAUAUCCACAUGCCUAGCUAGCUAG